AUGAACUGCAGCCUGCCACACCGAGUGCUGCUCAGCUCUCCGAUGGAGGGGCAGAGGGAUAGGCUGUGCCUGCAGUCUCUUUGGGACUUUGUCACUGCAAAGGAGCCACUGAUCAAGUCACCGUUUUUUCCAGUGCUGUUUUCUUUUACAGCAUACAUGGCUUUCUGUCUUCCAUAUGUUGUGCUGGACUUUUUAAGCAUUAGACUGCCAGACUUGAGAAAAUACAAAAUCCAGCCACAGAACUAUCCAAGUCUUCGAAUGAUGGUUCCUUGCAUUAUUCAAAGUGUGUAUCACCAUGUUGUUUUGAUCUUCCCGGUGACAUUUCUGCACUGGUACUGGAGACCCAUGAAUCUACCAGUGAUAGCUCCAGAGCUGCCUGAAGUCCUACUGCAAGUAGCAGUUUGUCUGCUGCUCUUUGAUUUUGAGUACUUCCUGUGGCAUUUGCUUCAUCACAAGGUGCCUUGGCUCUACAAGACCUUCCACAAGGUGCAUCACAAGCACGUGUCGACGUUCGCCCUUACUACGCAGUAUUCCAGCGUAUGGGAGCUGCUCUCACUGGGAUUUUUUGCUGCUAUAAACCCGCUGCUCCUCGGAUGCCAUCCUUUGACAGAAAUGAUUUUCUUCCUUGUAAACAUUGGUUUGUCAGUGGAAGAUCAUUCUGGAUAUGACCUGCCAUGGUCAACUCACCGACUUGUGCCUUUUGGAUUGUACGGAGGAGCGCCACAUCAUGAUCUCCACCAUCUGAAAUUCAAAUCAAACUACGCUCCUUACUUCACACACUGGGACAAACUCUUUGGGACAUUCACAGAGUCACAUUCUAAUUAA